GUGGUCUUGUUGUCACACACCUGCAGUCAGUAGCGGGAACUUUGGUGGGUAGCACUUUUUCCCAGAGACACACCAGACUGCAGUUAUGUCAAACUCUCAAGAGCAGAGCCUUGAUGAGAAUGCAGUGUUCCUGCCGGUGAAUGAGUCUUCCCCAGAGUUCCUCCACUGUGAGAAGGAGCGACAAGCAGUGGAGAGACUCCUGAGUGCAGGACCAGAGGCGUUCUACAGCGCCGUUGGCACAGAGCGCUCCGGCUGCUUCUUGUCUUCUGAAGAGGUCAGCCAGAUAACCAGCUGGGCUAAGAGCUAUCACUUUUACCAGCUGCAGGUGCAACGGGAGGAGAAUGGAGUGGACGGCAGCUCAGAGAUGGAGGACUUCUGCUCCACUUACUUCCCUUGCCACUCAGACACACCGGCCCCGUACCUAGACCUGGGCUGGCCUGAAAAAAGCUCCCGGGUGCAAAUGGGAAGCGUUACAGUCCACGCCAGUCCCCCUGCUGAAGGAGAACCUCCUGUCAGAGAGAUAAUCCGACGGCACUUGCAAAAGGCCAGCCAAGUAAUUGCCGUUGUGACGGACAGAUUAACAGAUGGUGCAAUAAUUGGCGAUUUACACAAUGCUGCCUCCCGGGGUGUCCCUGUCUACAUCAUCCUGAACCAAAGAUCCAUCCAGGAGAAUUUCAUGCUCAACAGGCUCAGGCAUCCGAACAUGCGUGUCCGCGUUCUCGGGGGGAAAACCUUCUGUUCGAGGACGGGAAGUACGGUGGUCGGAGAGAUGAAAGACAAGUUCCUGCUGGUGGAUGUAGAGGCAGUGAUUCACGGCAGCUACAGCCUCACAUGGACAGACGCCCACCUCCACCGGCAGCUCGUCACUGUCCUAAGCGGCCCAGUUGUUGAUUCAUUUGAUAGGGAGUUCAGGAUACUCUUUGCUGCUUCGCUCCCAGUCCCAGACACAUGGACGGUUGCAGGUACCCAUGUAGAUGUGACUCACCAGCCAAAAGACUUCUCAGACCUCCGGUUCAAAAAACGACUCUCCUUGGAGCCGGAUAUCACCAACUCUCCAUCUCCACCUGCUGUACCCCUCCUGGACUGGGAGGCCAUGGGUGUUGUCCAGAGAGACCGCUGUUUCCCGGACAGUCCUCUUGAUCAACAUGAUGAAAGCAUGGUCAAGGAAAUGCCACUGAAGAAUACCAUGCUGUUUGAUAAAAACACACCCAUUGCGGACAGUUUUAUUAACAAUGGAGAGCAAUUUGUGGAUAAAAAAAGGGUUGAACAAAUAGUAGAAAAGGCUAUUUCCAGGCAACUCUCCAUUGAGAAGAGAACCAAUUUAGAUGACAGAACAACAAGACUUGAUGAUAAAAAAGCAGAACCAACCUGCAAUGUCAUCAUACUUCCCUCUGCUAAGAGCAGAGAGCACUCAAGGAAGGAGCCCAUUUUGGAGGAAGAGGGAAGCUUGGAUGAAACUAGCUGCAAACUGGAGAACACACCAUCUUGUAGAAAACCUGUAAUCCUGAGGGUGCCGCAGUCUGAGGGUUUCAGCUCUCUGAGUGACAUUAUGAAGAGGCUUAUGCCUCAGCAGAGUACUUCAGGGCUGCUCAAGAAAGGAUCGAAGGCUGCCACGUCAGAAAUGAGCCAGUCCAUGAUGGACCUGAGCGUACACAACACAGAUGCAAAUCAUGAUGCGAGAGGAGUCCCAGUGCCAAGGUUCAAGGCUAGUUGCUUCGACCCGGGUCAUAUGACGCCUGCUUUUGCUCUGAUGAAGAGGAGGAACGAUGACUUGAAGUCUGUACUGUACGGAACUCCAAAAAACUUUCUGCCCAGAGAGAGGCCUCGCAGUUCCAGUUACGGUCUCAGUGUGGACUGGAGGAGGUCGCUGACAGAGAGGGAGGGGGAACAAGAAUGAGGAGCGAGGACA